AUGAAAUCAUUUACCCUAGUAUACUAUAUAGUUCCUUAAGACAACGAUGAUAUUGAAAUACCUAAUGCUUUCGGGUAAUUUAAUAUAUUGAUAGUAAGAAUAGGUAAACCAAUUGAUCAAGUCACCCUUAAGGAUAUAAAGACUAGUUUUCCGCUUUAGGGAGAAUAUAUCUUUAGAUUUAGAUAUAAAACAAGUCACAACACAGUCUGGCUUGAUUUACCUACAGAUACAUCAUAGAUUCCAUUAUUCAAUAAUCGCAUCUUGAUUAAAGCGACAAGAAUUAGUUGGGAAACUCAAAAUACUUAAAAUCAAUCAAAUUCUGUAUCAUAACAACCUAAUGCCCUUCCAUAACAACAGAGUUAAAACUAGAUGGGGAAUUAAUAAACUUUUGCAUAAUUUUAAUAGCCGCAACAGAAUCAAUAACAACCAUAAUAGUAAUAAUAAUAGUCCCAAAACUAAAAUUUAAUUGAUUUUUGA